UCAGCUCUGAGAGAGAGAGAGGGGGAAAAAAAAAGAACCCGUCCCACUCGCUCCUCCUGUCCUCCCACCGGCGCAAGAAUCCCGACCCAUCACCGCCGGCCCCGGCCGGCUCUGCCCAACGGUCCUCCACCCGUCGGCCCCGCUCCUCAUCUCGCUUCUUGUGCUGCGACUCUUUCUUGCCGAAGGGUUUGGAGUUGGAGUCAUGGGGAAGAAAGGGAAGUGGUUUAGCGCGGUCAAGAAGGUGUUCAGUCCUGAAUCCAAAGAGAAGAAGGAAGAGAAACUGCGAAAGAAGCUAGCAGCUAGCAAUCCCAUUCCACUAGAUCUAACCCCAUCCGCCUCCUUGGAAGUCAAUGUUUCGGUGCCACCCCCUCCAGCGCUCCCAUCUCUUCACCAAAUAGAGGAGGUUGAGGUCCCUGAAGCUGUGCAGGAGCAGAGCAACCAUGUUGUGGAGGAGGCCCCUGCUGCCCCUGUGGAGAUGACUGUGAUGCCACCUGGUGUAUCAAGGGAAGAGCUAGCUGCUAUCAAGAUCCAGACCGCCUUCCGGGGUUACCUGGCAAGGAGGGCAUUAAGAGCCCUACGGGGCCUUGUUAGAUUGAAGGCACUGGUUGAAGGUAAUUCUAUUAAGCGUCAAGCUGCAAGCACUCUGCGCUGUAUGCAAACUCUAGCACGGGUACAAUCACAGAUACGUUCAAGAAGACUGAAAAUGUCCGAGGAAAACCAGGCCCUGCAGCGCCAGCUCCUACUGAAACAAGAAUUGGAGAAUUUCAGGAUGGGUGAGCAGUGGGAUGAUAGCACUCAAUCCAAGGAGCAGAUCGAGGCAAGCCUAAUAAACAAGCAAGAGGCUGCAGUAAGACGAGAGAGGGCGCUUGCAUAUGCAUUUUCUCACCAAUGGAAGAGCACUUCAAGGUCUGCCAAUCCAAUGUUUGUAGACCCAAACAACUUACAGUGGGGCUGGAGCUGGUUGGAGCGUUGGAUGGCAGCAAAGCCAUGGGAGGGCCGGAGUGGGACUGACAAGGAGAGCAACAUUGACCGUGGAUCCGUGAAAAGCAUGACCUUGAACCUUGGAGAGGGUGAGAUCACAAAGGCCUUCAACCGUCGGGACUCCAAGGCAGACAAGUCAUCACCAGCUACUCCAAAACUGAUCCGUCCAGCCUCCAGGCAGUCCCCUUCGACACCAUCUCCUAGAGUGACACCAAUCUUUGCGAGGAAGAAAUCCGCCACACCAAAGAAUGGCCCUUCGCUGGUGGAUGAUGAUGCAAGGAGUGUGUUCAGUGUUCAGUCUGAGCGACCAAGGAGGCACAGUAUAGCCACCUCAGCUGCACGGGACAGUGAUAGUGUUGCAGGCUCUCCAUCCAUCCCAAGCUACAUGGUUCCCACAGAAUCUGCAAGGGCAAAGUCCCGCCUCCAGGGUUCGGCAUUGACCAAUGGUGCAGAGACACCAGAAAAAGGAGGCUCUGCUGGACCGGUGAAGAAGAAGUUGUCCUUCCAAGCAGGAAUGUCAUCUCCCUCACCUAUGAGGAGGCAUUCUGGCCCUCCCAAGGUGGAGUGUGGUGAAUAUUGUUGAGCCAACAGAAGCAGAGGCCUUGGUAAUUAAUGGUGGAAACAAAUGCUUCAUAUGACAAAUGGUGAGAGGGGCAAUGGAUUCUGCAGAUAUAUUUCAUUCGUGAGCAAAGGUUGAAGUUAUAGUUAUACUGGCUGUAUGAAGAGUUGGCAUUUGUAUUUUUAACCAAUUAUGACCUCACUGUUUUGAUGUAUGAAAAGAUCCACGGUUUGUCAGUUUGAUUAGAUAUGUAGUGGAAAAAAAGGUUCCAUUUAUCGUGUGCAAAACUACAUCGGAUUGUCCCUCAAACACGCUUUCUAUUUAUGUGAGCCGUACAUUUGUUCA